AUGGGAAGAAAAUUCUUGUUCAGUUUUUCACUUCUGUUUUUAUGUAUGGUGUUUUCAGCCACUUUGGACCAGAUACUUGCCUGGAAGAAUGUAGGUUCGCAAGCCUCUUCAAGUAAAGGAGUGAUUAUACGGAGUGAUCAAAAGCCCAGCGGAGAGGUGAAACCAGUCCAGAAUUUCACAACACCACCCAUCACACAGACUUUCAAUGACAAUCUGAGCAAAAGCCAUUGGAGUGCCUACAGUCAUCAUAAUCCUGUUAAGUUCUCCAGGGAUGGCGUUCCCUGCAUCCUCUUCUGGACCAAGAGAAUCACAGUGAAAUUUAAGAAUCAGACCUGGCUGGACCUCACAGAUGAAGCACCUGGUCCAAACACAACAGUGGACACCGGCAACUCAAACUGCAGUGAGGAAAGCGCCAUGUUGUCUUUGAAGUUUGGGGAUGCUGAAAAGCCCAAGGAUCUUGACAUCAGGCUCACCCUGACCAAUUACAACAAGCUGCCCAGCCAGAGUUGGUUUAGUUUACACCGAGUCGAGAUCAUCUUCAACAAUUCGGUGCAAGCAUCUUUUAAUGCAACUGGCAUAUAUGCUCUGUCAAGUUACUCGUACCGCUGCCAACGAGUCAGCAGCCUGCGGAGGAAUGAUGCUCUCCUGUUGCUUAGCAGCGCCGAGGAUGUGGCAAGCCUGUGGGAGGUCACGUUUAUUGAUUUCCAGAUCCAAGGCUUCUCCAUCAAGGGGACACACUUUGCCCAGGCCCGAGACUGCGGCUCUUCCUUCUCUCCUGCUGUUCUCAUUGGCCUGGCCAUGUCUCUGAUUCUGUUGCUGGUGCUGGCCUACGCCCUGCACAUGCUCAUCUACCUGCGCUCUCUGGACCGUCACUACGAGUUCAUCACGUCUCCUGCCCACUUCCCACCUCUGAGGGAGCUGGACACAGGGGAGGAGAAGGGGCUCCUGGGGAGCCAGGGAGCCGAAUGCUACGAGCUGAGGAGCCAACAGAUCUGCAAAAUCUAUAUUUAG